AUGGCUUGUGCUGCUGCUGAAUGUGUUUGUGCUAAGAGAUCCACCUGCUCUUGUGGAAAGCAGGCUGCUCUUCACUGUAACUGUGAAAAGUCUGCCGUCGAGAACGCUGUUCCCCCAAGCGAUUCUUCUUGUGCCUGUGGCAAGAGAUUGAAGAACUUGUGCAACUGUGGUGUUGCUGACAAUGCUUGUCAAAGAGAGGGUGAAACCGACUUCACCGGUACUAUGUCUUGCAUGAGAGCCGUCAAGACCAAACCCAUAGAAAACCAAGAGCAUUGGCGGGCAUACGUUCGUGAAGAAUUUGGAAAGCACCGCAAACUCCCCAAGAAGUCCUUCUCUGUCAUAGAACACUUGAUUCGAGUAGGCCACCGUCGCUACGAGAUGUACUCCAAUCCUAAUAUCAAGGAUAUUCAUUAA